AUUCCUGGCAGUGAAAGUAAUGAAAACAGCAAAAACAAUCGAGAACGCCAUCAAACUCGAGCCCGCUCCAUGUAUAUAUAAGUUGAUAAGGACAAAUAUCGAGGCUAAUUUUCGUGCUGCAUGUUUAUAGACUUCCACUCGCAGUCUCUUACUGUUUACUGCCCAUUCAACAUGUAUUCCUUCUUACAAAUUUGUUUACUUGUCGGUUUAAUAGUGGCCGUCGUAAAUGCUGCUUUAGAUCCUACCACAAGAACACCAAUAUCAGACGAUCAAAUUCAAGCUACUUUAAAUGAUAAGAGAUAUUUGUUGAGACAACUUAAGUGUGCUCUCGGUGAGGCACCAUGUGAUCCUGUGGGACGGAGGCUAAAAAGUCUGGCUCCUUUGGUUUUACGAGGUUCUUGUCCCCAAUGCAGUCCUCAAGAAAUGAGUCAGAUUAAGAAGGUGCUUGCUUUCGUACAAAAGAAUUAUCCGAAGGAAUGGAAUAAAAUUCUGCAGCAGUAUGCCGGCUGAAGGUUAUAGUAGGCGUGUUAUAAAUUAAUCUGCAUUUUUUAAAACAAAGUAUUUAUUACUUUUGCAAGCUUUAAUUCUUAGAAGCAGCAAUCUAGUUGUGAUUAAAUGUUGAAUUUUAUGGUGUAAAAUAAAAGUCACACAUUGGUUUUAAA